GCCGCUGGAUUUGAUAAAAGGGCCUGCAAGCUGCAAAAAUUUGGGAAAAAAAUACAUGAUGAGCCUAUUAAACAUGGUUUCUGUUUCACGUGGAUCCUACUUAGUACAAUAUCCAACAAUUUAGGCAAUCGGACACUGAUUUCAAGCCAUGGUUCAUCAUGUUGCAUAUAUUUGUACCGAAUAUUCACUCAGUUUUUUGUUAAAUAAGCUACCUUUGUAGCUUCCAUCAUUUGGAAGAUAAGUUUUUUUAGUUUAAUAACUAUAAGUUACUUCUGUCAGUUGUAAUGGAAUAUUCAUGUUUUGGACUUUGGCCAUAAUUUGCAGAAGGAAAUGGAUACUGCUGUCAUUCAGAAGGACUUGGGCCUUCCAGUUGGAGAAGCAAUAUUCGGGAAAACAGUAUGCUUUUCGUAUACUUAUCCUGGGGUUCGGAGCCAUUGGCAUGGAAAUUGCCAAGAGACUAAGACCAUUUGGAGUGAAAAUUCUUGCUACAAAAAGAAACUGGUCAUCAAAUACAGUGUCUUGUGAUCUUGAUGGGCUGGUUGACAAGAAAGGUGGUCCAGAAGAUAUGUACGAACUCGUUCGAGAAGCUGACAUAGUUAUAACUUGCAUGACGUUAAACAAUGAAUCAGUUGGGAUUGUGGAUCACAAGUUCCUGUCAGCUUUGAAAAAGGGAUCAUAUCUCAUCAAUAUUGCCAGAGGGCGCCUACUGGACUAUAUGGCUGUGUUUAAUCACCUUGAGUCAGGUCAUUUAGGUGGUUUAGGCAUUGAUGUUGCUUGGACGGAGCCAUUCGAUCAAGAGGAUCCAAUUCUGAAAUUCCCAAAUGUUAUUAUAACACCACAUGUUGCAGGAAUCACAGAGUUGGUUUGCACUUGUUUCUUUGCAAUACACAGAGUUGGUUCUCAUUUACCAAUCAUGUAGUUGUCGUUAGUAGUUAUAUCUUGACAACUCCUAUAGUGACAUUAUACUAUUUGUGUUAAAAGAACUUCUAGAUUCAGAAGCGCCACAUUUAUUUAUUUAUUUUUGAGC